GUCAGUGCCCGGACAGUGUGGCAGGCAAAGAGCAGGUGAGAGCUCUCUAAGGGGGCCCUGUCUGCUGACCAUGGAGCCAAUAUAUUGAGGGCCCCCCGGAAGAAAUAGUAAGACCUAAAGAGGAACUGAAAAAAAUAACAAAGACGUGAAGAAAAGAAAAAAAUAAUUAAAGAAAGAGAGCAGAACAAUGGUUGCAGAGGAAGUGAUAAUUACACUGUCCGGCGGAGCGCCAUGGGGCUUUCGUCUCCAGGGAGGUGUGGAACAUCAGAAACCACUCCAGGUGGCUAAGGUAAGGCAGGUUUCUAAAAAUGUUCAACAUACAGUAAGUAAUCACUCCAUGUGUUGCUGACUGGAAAGUAGAAAACUGUGUUAGAUUCAAAGGCAAAGGAGAGAGGGAACAUCAGCUGGGAUAUAUUAAGAGGAGAUUUAAGGAGCUGUGAACACAGUUGAAAUGGAAUAUUGGCUGUCAUGCAAGUUGGUUUGAGGCCGAAAUAUGAGUCAUCUCCUUGUUUAAGAGUGGUCUUCAUGCAAUGUGCGCUGAUGAUUGAUUGGGUGAAAUUCAAACUUCAAGUUCAGCUGGAAAUGUAGGGCAACCUUGUUGCAUAUCUUCCACUGAAUGUGCCUGUCCUGUCAAACUACACAAUAACACACGUCCUUGUUAAAUUAUAGUCAUACUGACCAGGAAAUAUGGACUUGUCUAAAUGAGUUUCCUAGUUUGUUUUUGACAACUCAUGUUGACUCAGUUUUUCUGAAGAUGUUCUUAUUUUUUUUCCAAAAGGAGUUUACUGUGCAAAUAGGUUUAGGCAUUUUGGGUGUAUAAAGGUCACUGUUUUGUUGACUGUUUGUCUUAACUGUGACACAUUUGUAGUUACUGCUAACUAGUCUCACAUGCCCACAAUCUUAUAAAUGCAUUUAAACAUGUAUGUUUCCAUUAUGUCAUAAUUUCAUUGAGAACUGCCAAACACUUGAGCCAUGCCUGGUCACCUUUUGGCUGGAAGGUUACCUGAGAUAAUUUUGGAUCACAGUGGUAAGCAAUGGAAGCCAUGCUGGACUGAAACCCAUUGAGUUCAUGGGAUAAUUGGUUUACUACAGACUUAAGCAACGUUGGUGUUUAUGAUAUUGAUAGAAAAUGUACAUAUAUAUUUUUUCUUGACUGUCUCAGAGAGUAUCAGUUCAUUUUACCCUCCUGAAGCAAAUUCUUCACAAGUAUUUUGUGCCUGCGGUCACCACCAGUAAUAGAGUCAAGACUGGAAUCUUGAGCUCUACUUGCAAAGGAGAAGGUGGUGCAUGUGCCAAAAGAGAAUAUGAAUAAUUUCGAAAGACUAACUAAGCCUUUAAAAUAAAAAAGAAGCACCUUUAAGAGAUACAAUUAUUAAAAAAUGAACACUUAAAAAACACUCAAAGAAUUCACGUGUAAAUGCAUUUUAUGACUGAAAACAGACCUUCUGUUUUGUUUUGUUUUUGAAAUCAAGUCAGAACAAAAUACUCCCAAUCUGUCAUAUGACUCACAGUGACUCACAGUGAUUACUGAUCAACAGUUGCCCUGCGCUCUUCUAAUCUUGAUCUGUCUUUUUUGGACUUGGUCCAACUUUUUCAUGAUAAUGAUUACAAGAGUGAUCUAUAUGUGAUGGUUUUAGUAGACUCGUACACACGUGAAGCAUGCAAACAUGUACAUAAAUCAUAUAAAUACAUGUAUCCACACCCAUUUACAAAAAAGCUGUCGACUUAGCAGAACUACUUUUCUAAGUGGCUAUAUUUGGUUUAGAAGUAGCAGGUCACGGCUCAGCCAAGGUGUGCAUUUCAGCUCAGGACUCAAAAAAGUGCCUCACACACUAUUUUUGUACAUGUGCUGCUCGGUAUCUUGCUGCUCAGAGAAGAACCAGUGACUUUUUCACAUAAAUGACUUUUUCACAUAAAAGGUUCACAUAAAAAACAAAAACAUCCUGACUGCUAAACCUUUGUUGCAUUUUCUGUUCAUGAACCAAACUAGCCUCAAAUAAUUGUUAAGUAAUAAUAAAUAAUAAUAAUUGUUAAAAUAGUAACCAGUACAAUCCCUAUCUGUGGUAAGUCCUUGUCUAAUGUAAAACAGUUUUGUUGGUAAGGCCACAAAAGUCCUAAAGCUGAAGGGAUAAUCUUUCUUGUUGGUUCAGGUAUCAGAGAGGAAAUAAUUGUGUAUCAGGUUAUGCACUUGUAUACCAAAUGUUCUGGUACCUUUUGUUUAACAAGGAUUAAUCAUUAAUAAAUGAGAGCUUAACUGUGGUAUGUUUACCUGUAAAAAAUGUGAUAAAGAUCACAUUUAAUUAUACCUAUGAGCAAACCACUAUACUCAUGAAUAAACAAAAACUAAUAGACAGUAUUGAGCAUGUACAGCAUGACUGCUCUUUAAAAUGUUAAUCCUACAUGUAGUUGACUUAUGCAGAAUGUGGUAGUGUGUACACAGUGCCACGGGACACCAAAUCACCUUUAUGGUGGACGACAGCUGUUUCUGUCCAACUAUCCAAAACAGCAUGCUCCUUCACCCCUGAGAGCAGGAAGGUGUAAUCUUGUCAGGUCUCAUACUAUGUCCAGAACAGGUGGAGCAGUUUGGGACUGUGCUGAGGGAGCCAGCGUGUCAGUGCUGUUUGUGCCUGUGGGCCUUCAUGCACAUGUUUCAGUUUAUUUAUAUGGCUUUAUGUAUAUUUUUGUUUCAGUCUGUUUGGAGUGUAAAGGCAAGCAAGUAAGGGUAUUUUAACUGUUAUGACUUGAAACCACAAGGUGACUGAUUGAAUGAAUAACUGACAUCCUGGACCACAAGCGAGCACAAACCACUUUGAAAGGCUUAGCUAAAUAGGGAUGGGGGAUUUCAUUACAGGCAAACAAGAAUAGCUGAAAGGAAAACUAAUUAGGUCAACCAAAGAUGUUUCCUUAUCUCUGAUUCCAACAUAAAACAUUCAUUUCAUACAUGACAGUGCCAUAAUGUCAUUAAUGAUCACUGAAAAAUCUUGAACAAAUUUAUUAAAGGACAUGUUGAUAUGAUAGACCUAAGACAAUUUAGAGUGGGCAUAAUGCCAUGGUCCUGACAGACCUUGGGCACAAAUAGCAGAGCACCAAAAGAAGAUGGCUGCUGGCUGGCAUUUCACAUUUUAAGUGUGUGUGAGUGGUCUACUUGAGCUGCAAUACGUGGCAUACAUCUGCACCAAGAUCAAGCUGUCAGUGCAAAAUCUGCUAGCUGUCAGUCACUAUCACAAAGGACAAGACAGUAGCAUAUUAACACAAUAAAAAGGUAACAGUAGGGUGCCUUCAUGGCUAAAAUUCAUUCUAGGACAUGUCAAGACUCAACAUUUCUGUAACUUUGAAGUUUUUACAUUUCUUUUGCUCAUGCAGGUACGUAAACGCAGCAAGGCAUGCAGGGCAGGGCUACGGGAAGCAGAUGAACUGGUCUCUAUCAAUGACCAACCAUGUGGGACACUUUCCCAUGCUCAGGCUAUGGAUCUCAUUGACAGCUCCCCUGGACUACUACACAUUAGGGUCAAAAGGUCAGAGUCAUGGGUUAUAAUGUUGCUAUCAUUUUAAUGUUAUUUUACAUCAUUAUGAUGAUCAUGAUGUUCUUAAGGAAAAGUUGUAACCUUUUCAUGAUCUAAUGUGUUGAACCUUGACACAAAAUUAUUUUUUAUGUGAAUGUGUUUGAUGCUACUAAACCGCAAAAAUUUUUUUUACAGGUGUUAAAUAUUUUUGAUCCUUUUAACCCUAAGAGAAGAUAGCAUCACCUAAAUAAUCAGAUUAUUUUAACAGGUCAUUAUUUUGCCAAAUCUACUACCUUAAACCAUCAACUUGUUUGCAGGGUGCCUGCUGGUUUUCAGUCCGUGGUGCUUGUGACUCGUGCCCCAUCUCCUCGCAUAGACAAAGAAUAUCGGGCUGCUCUGCGUGCUAUGUCACCUACCCACCACCAUGCACCUGUCCGUGAGGUCCACCGUAGUCACUCCUCUAUAACAAGUGGAUUGACAUCACCUCCUGGCAGUGAAGCUUACUAUGGCGAGACUGACAGUGAUGCAGAUGUGGCUGGCUAUGAGCGGCAGCGGCGGCAAAAACGCCGCAGUCCAAGUAACUCCAAUCCAAUGAAACCAUCAGGACGAACCUCUCCUGAAGGCGGGGAAACAUCAGAGAUGAGCGGCUAUGACAGCGCUCCUGAUGCACAUGCUUAUCCUAGUUUGUUAGCUGGACGUGAGAUUGAUGGAGAUGGAGGAGGAGGAGGGCUACCAGGGGUGGCAAGAAGGGAGGUGAUUUAUCAGCCACCUGGUCCAGGAAACUGGUCCUCCCAGACAUCCACUGAGACUUCCUCCAUCAUCUCCUCAGCAGAUGACCAAGGGCCACGUGAUGGAGGGCAAGAGGAGGAUAGUGGCUUCCUAGAGCUAGCAAAUGUACCACUGGUAUCCCCUGAGAGGGCAAAAGAAGCCUUAAUGCUAAGUUCCCGCAGCCAGAUGAUUCCCAUGGUUGGUCCCGUGGGUAAGCCUGUUGAUGAGGAGCUCACUACAACCUACAUGGAAAAGGCCAAGCAAGCCAGUAAGUAGAGCUGAGAAAGAAAAUGACAGGGACCUAUACCUCAGUUGGUGCAUAAGUUUCCAAAAAAGCUCCCUUGUACAAAACACAGACUGUUAGAUAUACAGGAUGUCACCAAUUCAAGUCUCUAUUUUAUUACGCCUUUAAUUUUUUCCUUCACAAAAUAACAAAUCAUCUGAUUGCUAGCACAGAAUUCAUAAUCAAGGUAAACAUCAGCUGGUCUCUGCCAUGACAACAGAGUCAUAAUAAUAGCAGUAAUUUUAAAAGUGUCGUUUUUUAUUUUCAGGUUGAGAUUUUAUGUACAUUCUGGCUGAAGCGAAACAUACCCCACAUCUCUAAGAAAAAGGAAAAUGCUUAUUUAUAUGUAGAUAAACUGACGAUAAAGUAUGUUUAAGUCUCCAUAACAGUAACUAGUAUUUGAAUAGUUUAAUAUUAAUUAAGUUGCUGCAGUGUACAUGUUUGUAAAGAUCUGAGAGAUUGAUGUGGGAUGACUGAAAAGGAUCUACAGCUGUUUUAAAGUAUCAAGUAGCAAAGCAAUCAUAGCCUUAUUUUCCUUGCCCUUCUUAUCCCUGACCUAUCUUCUCUUUUGGCUGGCUCACAAGAUUGUCUGUAACAACAUCUAGUGACAUAUAGUCACCUCAAUUUUCAGAAAAUGCUAAACAAAACGAAGCUAUUGUUAUAAAGUCUUUACUCUGUUUUUUAAUCAAGCAUUCACAGUAGGCCUGUGAAGAGAGGUCAAAAAGUGGAACAAUGUAGUAAGGUUACCACAUGAAGCACUGAGCAGUUUUUGUGAAUAAGCAGUCUUUCUCUUUAACUUGUUGGUCUGUCUAUCAUCUACAAUAAGUACAGGAGUGGUCCAGGAACAAAGUUGGGCUCUACCAGGUCAAUGGAGAUGCUUUAAGGAAAUUAAACGAAUUUACUUAUGUAAGUCUUCCUGUGCCAUCAAUUAAUGCUGCUGUGGCAAGUCACGAGACAGGUGCUUGUUGAGAGAAUGGUGGUCAGGGCAUGUUUAGAUACAAAUGUCAGCAUUAAUAUUUAGUUUUAAAAUUGAUACACUUAGUUCACAUUUACUUAGCAAAGUACUUGUGAUAUUAUUCAAAUAUGACUAACUGCUAUGGCUUUCAACUCUGCAGAACUAAACCGAGGCGAUACACCACAAGACAAGAAUGUGAAGGAAGCAAAAAGCAAGUGCCGUACAAUUGCGUCUCUACUGACUGAUGCCCCCAACCCUCACUCCAAGGGGGUUUUGAUGUUCAAAAAGAGGCGGCAGCGGUCCAAGAAGUACACCCUCACUAGCUUUGGCAGCGUGGAUGAAGAUCAGUGCCGCGAUUCACAAGAGGAGGAUGGAGUAUUCCCUGGCAGUGAAUCAGAGUUUGAUGAUGAUGCCUUCUCAGCAGCCCCUGACCCAACAUGGGAUAGUGACUACAUAGAUAUGCUAGAGAAGAGGGCAACUGCAGGCACUGAAGGUCGAGGAGAUGGGGCAGAGGAUGCUCCAAGUCCAGGGCUGAGUGACACUACAGGCAAAGGGGCUCAGUUGUUUGAGCAGCAGAGAAAGAGGGCUGCUGAGCAUGCCAAGAAGGUAGAGGCAGCACAACCCCAGACAACUUCACAGUCUCAGGUUCAAGAGCAGGCUAAAAUAAAUCCAGAUAUGCAAACACAGAUACAACCAAUCCUCCAGGCACAACAGAUGUUACCAUCAGGUCCUUCAGCCAUACCACAAGAGCCAGCUCAGGGUUUAGGCCCAGUUGCAGCCCAGGGAUUGUCUAAUGGGGACCUGUCCGCCUCUGCAAUUAGCACUGCUAGCAUGGUAAUGUCACCUCCACUUGUGGCACCCAAACCAGGCAGUGGUGCAGUUACUGUUCUGUCCAUACCAGCACCACCAGCUGAAACACCAUUACCUGAACUCCCUGCAAGUAAUGUUCUCAACAGAACAGCACGUCCUUUCACUCCUGGCUUUAUAAGCAUUCGAGCAGCAACUGCUCCUGUAACGUUCCGACCAUCUGUAACAAAGACAAACCAGCGACCAGCCUCAGCAGCUGUUGCGCCACCACCAUUCUCCACUGGCUCUGAACUAUCUCAUCCUCCCUCUUUAACAUCUCCUGGUCCUAUGUCAGUAUUCCCCCUCUCAUCUUCAGUACCCCAAGGUCCCUCAGCCCCAACAACAGAGGAUCCUGUUUCCUUUUACCCUCCGGCAAUCUCCACCGAAAAGCAGACACCACCACCAAUAACCAAUGUGACUGUUCCCCCCAUGCCUAUGCCAUUGGCUUCCCAACCCCUAGUAGCUCCCCUCCCUGUUCCUUUUGUACCACAUACUCCUAGUUCAACUGAUGUAGUUGCCCCAGUCCCUCCAACUCAAGUGCCACCUCCACCUCAGUUUUCUAUGAUGCCCUUAGCACCUGUGUCAGUGGUUUCCCAGCCCGAAGCUGUAGCUCCAACUCCAAUUCCUGGGCCAACAGGUCGAACAGGAAUCUUAGUUGAGGCACGACGGCGUUCAGGGAAACCCAAACCUAUGUUUAUUGUGCCAGAAGUCACAAAAAAGUCCCCCAAUCCUGAAUUACUUUCAAUGGUACAGAACCUUGACGACAGGUCCACCAGACAGAAAUAUGGCCAACCACAGUCUGAGAAUAUCUAUGAUGGUGCAGAGGAGGAGAUAAGUGGUGAGGCUGGCAUGGGAAGGGCCCCCCCACCAGUUGCACCCAAGCCGCGGGUUAUCCAUGAGACCCCACAGUUUCUUCAAGCAGGCGGUAAAGGGGCCCAGCUGUUUGCUCGUAGGCAGAACCGCAUGGGUAUGUAUGUAGUGGAGGCCCCACCAGAGGGCCCUCACCAGCAGGAAUUGGCAUCCCAUAAUGUGGCCCAACGAUUUGACUCCUCUGCCACAUCUACCACUCCCUCUCAGUGGAAGUACUCGCCUAAUGUCCGUGCUCCUCCACCCAUUGGGUACAAUCCGCUCCUGGCCCCCACUAUCCCUAUAGGGCCUCAGAAGGAUACUUCCAAGCCAGAAAGCAAAGGAAGGGGAGGGUCCCAAAGAGAUGGCAUCAAAGCUCUGGACUUCCUGAGGAGGCAGCCAUACCAGCUUAACCCUGCCAUGUUCAACUAUGGGGGCAGUGCUGCUAAUCUAUCAGCCAUGCCGUCUUAUCAGGCCCAGAGGCAGCAGCAGGGGGACUACACAAUGGUGGGAAGUUCACUGACCCCACCUAAACAGAUUCCCAUUAAAACAGCCCGCGUCUUUGAGGUCAAGCGAUUCUCAACACCCACACCUAUGUCAGCUCCCACUCUGACCCCCAAAGUGAUCGCACCCCGCUCAGCCACCACCCUUGGAGAACGCCUGACUCAUUCCGGCAUGACCUCUCCGCCUAUUUCUGAUCUCACUCCAAACCCGACUCCUUUCUUGUCAACAGCACCACUUAGUGAUCCAACUACACUGCUUUCCAAACCAACUGGGCUGCCCAGCCUCCCCAGAUUUUCUGCCACCCCAAUUCCAAACCCUGUGCCCCCUUCAGUUCCUAAACCUUACACUCCAGUGGCAUAUACCAGUGGGCUUCAGACAGCAAAGCAGUUCCAAAGCGCCCCUGAACUCAGUAUCAUUUCUUCUUUGCCUCCUAUCAGAUCUGACACAGUACAGGCUCCUAAACCACGUUUUGUUGCCACAAGGGGAGGUGUCCAGCCCCAUAUUUGGAGGCCAGGUGCACUGUAAAAGCAGUAAAAUUUAACAAUAUAAUUUUGGUACUUAGUUUAAUGAGUAAGUCCAGUAAAAUGCCAGACAUCUAUUGUCUAUAGAUUAAUAAUAUGGAAAUUCUUAUUUUUUCUUCUUACUUCAUCAUUUAUAUAUCUUUGGGUGAUUGACUGAACAGAAUACAAAUUUUAGAAAUAACAAACUUCGUCCCGGGAAAUGGUAAUGGAAGUUGUUCAAGUCAACUACUCUAUUUCUAAAAAAGGAGGGGGCAUAUGACAAGAUGAAAUGCAUCUCUACAUGAACCAAUUGAGGCCUCAAAAUCAGCCGCAAAAUAAAAGCAAUGAAGAAGCACAAAGUCAUGAAAAAUAGAGCACAAAGAUGUAAAACAGAACUGAUUUUGAAGUAUUUUGGAUCUUAAGAAAGUGUAAUGGCCAUGAUAAUCUACUUGCUCUUUGAAUGCUGCUUUUUCACAUUUCUUUUGCUUUGUAUUUAUACAUUUAUCUGAGAGGCAAUAAUAAUGACACUAGCACAAACUGUAGGCUGUAGAGUCCACUGUAUGCCUGUCCUGGGGGAGGUUUGUGUAAGGCUUCUGGAGAUCUCUUUCUACUAAUCUAGCAGAAAUACCAUCUAAACAGAGCCUGUACUGAUUAUUCUUUGAAACUUGAAAUAUCUGGAAGAUAUUGAAAUCCUGACCACAGGAUAUAAUAAUUGAAGAUGUUCGUUGUUGUAUGGUGAAGGAUCAUUAAACAAAAUUGCAGGGCUUCAUGUUGGAACAUGUAAUUCUCUGAUUCAGUAAUUAUCAUAUUAACUGAUGAGCCACAUUACAUUCAUUAAAUUCAGAGGUUGUAAUAAUGAAUGACCCAUUGCAAACCUUUUUUUUUUUGUUUUUUAACUUUUUAGCUCAACUUGGCACUAAAUGUGAAGGCAAGGUUUGCUCUUGCAAGUGAAGUUUAAAUGAGGCAGAGCAUUAUACCUCUGCUUGCUAUACCAAGAUAGAAAAGCUAUAAUUUUAGCAUGGGUUUAAUUUAAAAAGCACCCAGGCUGUCAAUGAAUGUACACUUGUCACUGGACAUCAUAGUUUGCAGUAGGCACAGCAGAGCCUUUUAAGUAUGAGUGUAAUAUUUGCAGAUAUUUAUGUAAAUUCUUAACUUUUAUUAAACAAAUCACACAGAUGAAGGCAUGUGUAUUUUAUUUUGUUUACUUGUGAAUUAAUCUAAAGGGGUGCAAGGGGAAGUUGGCUGACUGAGAAUCACCAGUAUUUAUAAUGAAGGGGUCAAGGAAUGAGAGAGGCUGUGGAGAGGGAAAAAAGUGGGACAUAGCUUGGCUAGUUUACUGAAUGGGUUCAUAGCACACCAUUUCACACAAAGGUUAUGGUUAAUAGUGAUAUGGCAAAAACUGGGAUUAUGGUGGAACUGUAUAUAGUUGUGAAAUCCCACAGCCUGUAGAUAUGAAAAAGGCAUGACCAGGAAAGUUUGUUACUCAAGGUUAGUUGGAUAAACUAAAGAAGCCGAUGGAAAUAAGUGCAGAGGUUAAGUGUCCUUCAUGUAAUGAAGUUUAAGUCAAUAGGGUACAAUAUUUAAAUAAAUAAACUUCACUCAACAGCUGUGUACCUUAAGGUUUGAGGUAUGUUAAUGAAAGCAAAUGAUUUUCAAAGAUUGUAUUAUUUUUCUUUAUUGUGAACUACUUUUUUUUAGGUACUUUUGUUUUCUCUCUUUCUUCUUCUUCUUCUUCUUCUUUUUUUUUUUUUUUUUUACCAUUUCUAGUAUUGUUAAUUGCCCAAAGCUUUUCAUUGUUUUUUUUAAUGCUACACCUCCCCAAAAACCUUGAGUGUGAGAAUAGGUACAUAUCUAAAGGGCUGAAACAAAAAUGCAUAUAAAUACAUGUGUCUGAAUGUAGCUGAGUUAACAAAGUGUGAGAAUGUUAAUCAUAAGUGCUCCAGAGAAGUUCAUACUGGGAUAAAAUUAGAGUUGAAAGCGCUCCAGUUGUCUCACAUACCUUAUUUUAGACUGCCCCCUGCUGCUGAUUGUGUGAUCCUACUCUUUUCUUUCAAUGUACAUGCAUGUUUGUGUUAUGGCACUGAUGAGAAAGUAAUGCAG